UGAAGUGUGUCAGUGUUCAGCACGUGAUGAUGAUGAUGAUGAUGAUGGUGUUCUCAGGUGUGCUGCAGGUGAUGGACUCCUCAGGUGUUUCUCCUGGGCUUCUUCACAUCAAGCUCCUCACACUGGUGCUGAUGCUGGGCUCCAGUCUGCUGUGUGGGUUCAGUCCUGUGUGUGUCAUGAGACGAGCCACACGCUUCAGCUCAGAUCCAGGCUCUCGGCACAGGGUUUUGAGUCUGGCGUCGUGUCUGGCCUGCGGGGUUUUUCUGGCCUCCUGUUUGCUGGAGCUUCUGCCGGACUUUCUGAACCACAUGAGAGACACCUUCAGCCGUCUGCACAUCACCUGUAGUGUUCCAGCUCACAGAAAUCAGGUCACACGGCGCUACUUUCACCGAAGGUUUUCCGAUGCAUCAGACGCAAAUAUAAUUGGAGCGAUCAGAGAUACAUCAAAAGAAAUCCCUGUGGAAAUUGCAAUGGACUCAAGGUUGGUGUUUCUGGAGAGUUAA